AUGUCGACAGAUUCAGAAUCAAUUGACUCUAGCAUGGAAUAUAGGCCAACAGGCUUAUCCGAAGAUCUUGAAAAUGCCAGUAAAAGGCCAAGUUCAGAGUCUAGAAAGCUUAGACUUUCUAGGACUGAGACUGCUAAGUCCUUAAAGGAGCUCGGACUUACGGAACUGACAAAACUGGGGCCGGUUGCCAGAAAUAUUGUCGCACCUCCUGUGCAGGACCCCAUAUUUCCAGAGGAAUAUACUUUAGAGACUGAGACAGGGUUGGUACCUGUGAAGACAUUACAAUCAUUGGGAAGAGUGAGAUCAUCCCGUUCUAGAUUGAGCGAAGAGGAUGAAGGAGAAGGAGAAGGAGAAGGUAGGACUCCUCAUGAAAAAGAUUCGGAGUUAACAGCCAUUGACUCUCAUGGCAAAGCUGAAGCUGAAGAUGAAGAGGAAAAAAAAAGGACGAGGAGGAAAAUGGAGACAUAG